UUAUUUUCUAAAGGCUUUAAAAGAAAGAAAGAAAGUUACUUUCUGCUAAUAUAACAGCUAGAAUGUCAGUAGUUUGUGAAAUAGACGUCGAAUAUUUAGUUUGUCUACAAGACUUUCUAAGUAAAAUGGCUCGAGUUCAUAAGUUAGACUGUGAAGAUUUUGUUUGGUUGCGCUUGAGACGUAAAAUGACAUUAGUCUCUUACGUCUAUGACUCUGAAUGAGUUCCACACCCCUGUGCUGAGUUAACUCUCAUUUCUACAGGUUUCCUUUCAGUAGGCGGUGGGAAAUCAAAACGCUACUUCUGCAAUCCUUCUGUCUCAUUAUCGGUAUGAAACACCCAGGAGUAACGAUGAAUCCGUUUCCAAACCUACACGGAUCCUGCCUGAAGAAUAAAUGGACGAAUCUGACCUCAUAAACGGAAUAAGAAGAAACGUCUAGCUGAUUUGUUUUUACAGGUCUGUUUGUGUCCCUGCAGACCUCCUGACACUUUACAGCUCCCCGGAGGAGUAAUUUGGCAUCGAGGGAGUGCACAUAGCAUACAAAGAAAUGACUGAACAGGGUUUGUCCCCUUCCGCUCUACUAAAGCGUUAUCGUCUGGCCACGACAGAGUCAAACUCGGUCUCCUCACCAUCUAGGACUGCUGCUGAGGACCCAUCAGAGGGUAAGGACACUUCAACAGAUGGGGAUCCCAGCUUCCCCAUGUCUUCACUGGCAGAACUUCUGGACAUUGAUGAUGGAUCACAGCCAGCCCAGGAUUCAGCUCGACCUGGACAACCGAAUGAUAACAAGCAGAACUCGCGAAUAAGGUUCCCAGGGGCCUUUAAAAAGGGAGUUCCUAACCCCAUGGACCUUCUUGAGUCCACCAAGUCUGAGUAUCCAGUGGCACCUGGGCCCAAGAAAGCACCUAUGGACUCCCUGUUUGACUACGGCUCAUGUAGGGAGAUCAACAACCAGAAAAAACGCAAGAAGAAACUUCCACGAGGGAAGGUUCAGAUUGAGAUGUCAUGCGACGAGGGAUCCCCGGACCCCCCUGUUCUUAAAGUCUUCAACCGCUUGCUGUUGUUUGAAGCCGUAUCUCGAGCAGAUAGAAAAGCUCUGGAUGGUCUCCUGCAGUAUCUUCAGUCAAAUGAAAAGAGGCUGACAGAUGAGGAGUUCAAAGAACCUUCUACGGGGAAGACUUGCCUGCCGAAAGCACUUCUGAACCUGCACAGUGGUCACAACGACACUAUCCCUGUGUUAAUGGACAUUGCCGAACAGACAGGAAACCUCAGGGAGUUCAUCAACACGCCCUUCAGAGAUGUGUAUUACAGGGGUCAGACAGCACUGCAUAUCGCCAUAGAACGACGAUGCAAACAGUACGUGGAGCUUCUGGUGGAGAAGGGGGCAGAUGUUCAUGCUCAGGCCAGGGGCCGCUUCUUUCAGCCCAGAGAGGAGGGGGGAUACUUCUACUUUGGUGAGCUUCCUCUCUCACUCUCAGCUUGUACAAACCAACCAGACAUGGUGCAUUACCUGACCGAGAAUAGCCACAAGGCAGCAGAUCUGCGGAGGCAGGACUCGAGGGGAAACACAGUCCUGCACGCCCUGGUCCGUAUCGCUGACAACACUCGGGACAACACGCGUUUCGUCACUAAGAUGUAUGACUUGCUGCUCAUUAAAUGUGCCAAACUCUACCCAGACUGCAACUUGGAGAACGUACUCAACGAUGAUGGCAUGUCCCCUCUCAUGAUGGCCGCCAAGCUGGGAAAAAUCGGGGUGUUCCAGCACAUCAUCCGCAGAGAGAUAAAAGAUGAGGAGGCUCGACAUCUCUCCCGGAAAUUUAAGGACUGGGCUUAUGGACCCGUAUACUCCAGCCUGUAUGAUCUGUCUUCACUGGAAACCUGCGGAGAGGAAGUCUCUGUUCUGGAGAUACUCGUCUACAACAGCAGGAUCGAGAAUCGCCAUGAGAUGCUGGCGGUGGAACCCAUAAAUGAGCUGCUGAGGGCCAAGUGGCAAAAGUUUGCUGCUGUGACCUUCUACAUCAGUGUGUUUUCCUACCUUGCCACCAUGAUCAUCUUCACUCUUGUGGCCUACUAUCGCCCAUCCACGGGUACACCCCCUUACCCCUACAACUCUACACAAGACAAGAUUCGUUUGGCUGGCGAGAUCAUAACCGUGGCUUCUGGAGUCUUCUUCUUCGUAAUAAAUAUUAAGGACCUUUUCCUGAAGAAGUGCCCGGGGGUGAAUUCUUUAUUUAUUGAUGGAUCUUUUCAGCUUCUCUACUUCAUCUACUCCGUGUUGGUUCUGGUGAGUGCAGCGCUGUAUCUGUCGGGGAUUGAGGCCUACGUCUCUGUGAUGGUGUUUGCUCUAGUGUUGGGUUGGAUGAACACCCUCUAUUUUACCAGAGGCCUUAAACUCACUGGAACUUACAGCAUCAUGAUUCAGAAGAUCCUCAUCAAAGAUUUGUUCCGGUUCCUGCUGGUCUAUGUGCUCUUCAUGAUCGGCUAUGCAUCAGGUUUAGUGUCACUGCUGAAAAUCUGCCCUGAAAAGAAUAUGUGUAAUGGUACCUGCCCCCAAUACCCAGAAUGUCGAGAUACAAACACCUUCAGCGAUUUCCUGUUGGACUUGUUUAAGCUGACCAUAGGCAUUGGAGAGCUGGACAGCAUGUUAAAAGGCGCACAGUAUCCCGUCGUCUUCCUCAUCCUCCUAGUCACCUACAUUAUUCUAACCUUCGUCCUGUUACUCAACAUGUUAAUUGCUUUGAUGGGGGAGACCGUGGGACAGGUGUCCAAAGAGAGCAAGCAGAUCUGGAAGCUGCAGUGGGCAACUACUAUCCUGGACAUCGAGCGGUCCUUCCCCGUGUGUCUGCGGAGGUAUUUCCGUGUUGGAGAGAUGGUUACUGUGGGCAAGGGCUUGGAUGGAACGCCAGACAAACGCUGGUGCUUCAGAGUGGACGAGGUCAAGUGGUCCCACUGGAAUCAAAAUCUGGGGAUCAUAAAGGAGGAUCCAGGCCAGAAGGACCUUUACGAGCAGACACAGGGCGGACGAGGCCUUCGAAGAGAUCGCUGGUCCACUGUCGUCCCGAGAGCAGUUGAGCUGAACAGGGGCUCCAGAGACCAUAUGGUAGAGAUGGAGCCUCUCACAAGCAGAAACAGAUACAAGUCUGAGAGCUAAAGCUGAACGUCAAGCCCUGGAAACUUUUAUAACUGCACAGACAGUUAUGCAUUUUAUAAACGCUGACAAUAGUUGUAGAGUAUUGGGAGAACAGCUUCAUAUGUUAUGACCUUUAAAUGUAUCUUGAUUGUGUUUUACAUGUAUAUUUAUACCCAUGAGACACUCAGGAACAUAUUUGAUGUGUAAUAUUGUAGUGUUUUUUCAUGGAGUGUGCAAUAGCUUUUAUAAACCAUUUUAAUACAAAAAAACAAAACUCCACAAGGACUUGUAUUUGAGUUUCAGCAUCUGUCUACUCUAUUGAUUCCUGCUGACAUUUUUGUGGAUUAUGUGGAAAAUGUUAUUUUAAUCAAUAAUCAUGUUAGAUUACCUCAGUGUUAAAUAAGUACAGUCCAUUUUUUUUUUUUUAAUGAAAAAUCAAAUUGUUACUUUUGUUUUAUUGCCAACCCAUAAUGGAAAGACAAAAAAUGGUGCUCUGAUUUGGCUUUUGGCUUUUUGUAAUAAAGGUCAUGUAAAAAACAGAUGUGGCACCCACACCAGGAGUGUGCACAACGCCAGACAGCAGCAGUUUGCUAUUUUCACCUCAGUAUGCUAGCAAUAGUGUGACACUGAACUUAAUUGGUGUGAUAGUGGUAAUGAUUUAAAGCGACCAGUUCAGUUUAGAGCUUUCUAAACCCAUGCCGAGAGACACAAUGGCACAUAUUGUAGGGGAACUGUUUUAUACGUUUUUAAUAUUUUUUUGUAACCAUACAAAAGGCAUUGUUUACCGUAUAUGCUGUAGUACAUUAU